AUGCCUGAGAUCACCAUCACCGGCUUCUCCACGCGCGAUGUGCGCUUCCCCACCUCCCUCGACAAGACCGGCUCAGAUGCCAUGAACGCUGCUGGCGACUACUCCUCCGCGUACUGCAUCCUGACGACCGAUUCAGACUACACGGGCCAUGGCAUGACCUUCACCAUCGGUCGCGGCAACGACAUUGUCUGCUCAGCCAUCACCCACGUCGCCGACCGCCUCAAGGGUCGCACCCUCUCCUCCCUCGUCGCCGACUGGGGCAAGACCUGGCGCCAUCUCGUCAACGACUCGCAACUCCGCUGGAUCGGCCCGGAGAAGGGCGUCAUCCACCUCGCUCUCGGCGCCGUCGUCAACGCCGUCUGGGAUCUCUGGGCCAAGGUCCUCGGCAAGCCCGUCUGGCGCAUCGUCGCGGACAUGACCCCCGAGGAGUUUGUCCGCUGCAUCGACUUUCGGUACAUGACCGACGCCAUCACCCCCGACGAGGCCGUCGAGCUGCUGCGCCAGCAGGAGGGCGGCAAGGCCGCCAGGCUCGAGGAGGCGCUCAACAGCAAGGCCGUGCCCGCGUACACCACGAGCGCCGGCUGGCUCGGCUACGGCGAGGACAAGAUGAAGGCCCUCCUCCAGGAGACCCUCGACCAGGGCUACCGCCACUUCAAACUCAAGGUCGGCGGCAGUCUCGAGGAGGACAAGCGUCGCCUCACCAUUGCCCGAGACGUCAUCGGCUACGACAAGGGCAACGUCCUCAUGGUUGACGCCAACCAGGUCUGGUCCGUCCCCGAGGCCAUCGCCUACAUGGAGAAGCUGGCCGUCUCCAAGCCCUGGUUCAUCGAGGAGCCCACCUCCCCCGACGACAUCCUCGGCCACAAGAAGAUCCGCGACGCCCUCAAGCCGUACGGCAUCGGCGUGGCCACGGGCGAAAUGUGCCAGAACAGGGUCAUCUUCAAGCAGCUCAUCCAAUCCGGCGCCAUUGACUUUUGCCAGAUUGACGCCUGCCGUCUCGGCGGCGUGAACGAGGUCCUCGCUGUUCUGCUCAUCGCCAAAAAGUACAACAUCCCCAUCGUGCCGCACUCGGGCGGCGUUGGCCUGCCCGAGUACACCCAGCAUCUUAGCACCAUUGACUAUGUCGUCGUCAGCGGCAAGCUGUCGGUGCUCGAGUACGUGGACCACUUGCACGACCACUUCCUCAACCCCUCCAAGAUCAAGGGUGGCUAUUACCAGACACCCAUGGAGCCCGGGUACAGUGUCGAGAUGAAGGCAGACAGCAUGGAUAAGUUCUCCUAUCCGGGAGAGGAGGGCGUCAGCUGGUGGAAGAGCGAGGAGGCCAAACCCAUCUUGGAGGGGGUCAAGCUAUAA